GGGACCAGAGCUAGGGCAAGGUUACCUCUCUGCGCACGCUCUGUAUACGAUAGGCGCAGUUCUAGCACUUUUGUGGUUGAGAAUCUGCCACGGUGUUUACCAUCACUUUGUUAACAACUCGUCAAUAAUUGCAGCAGAUACACCAUAGCAACCGGGGCGGCGGGAUCUUCUGUGUCCUGUGCAAAGUAGAGUGAGUACACGGAGGGACGUCCAACUGGGCGGCGGCGGUGUAAACCGAAGGAAGGGGUCAGUAACAAUGCCGAAAGGGGGCAGAUUGGUCUUCAAGGGGGGAGAAGUGGCUGUCUCCUCCCGAGGAAAAAAGAAAGAUAAGCUGAAACGGAAGAGGGAGCGAGCGCAGGCGAAAGCAGCCGCGGCGAGUACCAGCGAAGCCGCCGCAGCAGGUGGGGCUGCUGCUGGGGGACAGCAGGAUGAGGAGGAGGCGGAAGAGGAGAUGAGGCCGGUAUCGGGAACCGGUCGGAUCACAUCCUCCGGUACAGCGGUGCACGGACACGAAGCCAAGUUCAUGGACGAGCUGCACUCCGGCGACGCUAUUCUCAUCACACACCCCACCACGUUGCGCGAAGAAACCCGCAUCGUUAAGAUGGUUCUUAGCAACAUGUCGAUCUCCAUCAGCAGCCCUUUCAGCUCCGACCUCAUCUCCACGACAAACUUCCGCUACAUCAAGGCGCCGCGGCUGGAGGUCAGCGCCGAGACCAAGGCGGAGGAAAGAAAAAAACGGAAAGUCCAGGAGGAAGACAGCGCGUUCGGGACGUACGCGGGUGCGGGCGGCAAGCGCCUGGUGUAUCGGGAGCGAACGCCGGCGGGAAACUACCGCAUCAUCGAAACAACCGUGGAUGAAGCUAUGACUCGGGAGGAGAUGCUGGACAUGCGCGCUACGAAGAAGGCCGACAGACAUUGCAACUAGGGUGGGAUGAUGGCCGGGCCCGCUGCAGGAGGACGUAGGGGUGGAGCUGCAAGGGGGAGGUGGACUGGUGCUCCUUCUGUGCAUUAUGGAGGGGGGCACUUGCAUUGCUCCUCGUACAAACGCCUGGUGCUGGGACAGUGGUUUUGAACUUGUUUUUCCAGACAGACCGGCAUUUCAGCAUGAAAGAAUUUCGUAUAGGAUUCUGAAGACGAAAACAGUUGGCACGGUGAAGGAAAUUCCUCCGUGUGAUCUGACAUGGCCUCAUUUUUCGAAGGAGAGUGAGUGGUUGGGCAAUCCCCGCCAAAAAUCAUGGCAUGGCACGAGAGCUUGCCUACGGCGUCACCGUCUCGCACCGUGUUGUUUUGGCGCCCUCGCUGUCUUUGCCGGAUUUUUCGUGGCACGUUUGACCGAUGGCGGUUGCCGUAGGAAGCGGACAAGGACGAUUCUAACUGGUGUGAAUAACGAACUGGUCGUUGAGACGCAGGACCAAAACUA